CACGCACACAGCUGAGGGCAUUGAUGUGAGCGCUUUCAGUUUUUUACGCGCACUUCUUCCCCCUCAUCUCGCACCCUCACACACGGAGCACCUAAUCCACCUUCGCACCUUUUGUUUUUACAGCGCGUCUCUUUUCUUUUUCCUUUUUUUCCCUCCCCUCCUGCAAACUUUUUCCUCCGUCUCUUAAUGAAUGAUUCUGUGUAGCUGUAAAACUUCCAAAGCGAACCCGGAUUGCUCUUCUACGCGACCUCACCUCCGCACAUCUCCGCUCAAGUUCAAACCCCAGCAGGACUUCAGGCGCACUUGGAGUAAAACCCACCCGGCGAGGAAAAACCUGAUCCUGUGCGCAGCCACGGCCGAAGCGAGCGUCACCAUGAGUCUGAAAGCUGACUCUGAGCCCAACAACAACGUCUCCAUCGAGGAGGAGGUUCGAACUCUGUUUGUCAGCGGUCUACCAGUUGACAUCAAACCACGGGAACUUUAUCUUCUUUUCAGACCUUUUAAGGGUUAUGAAGGGUCACUGAUUAAGUUAACAUCAAAACAGCCUGUCGGGUUUGUAACUUUCGACAGUCGCUCUGGAGCUGAAGCUGCAAAAAAUGCUCUAAAUGGUAUCCGUUUUGAUCCCGAAAGCCCCCAGACCCUGCGCUUAGAGUUUGCUAAAGCCAACACGAAGAUGGCAAAGAGUAAGCUGAUGGCCACACCGAACCCCACAAAUAUCCACCCUGCUCUAGGAGCACACUUCAUUGCACGGGACCCAUAUGAUCUGACAGGGGCGGCAUUGAUCCCAGCAUCACCAGAUGCCUGGACUCCGUACCCCCUGUACACCACAGAGCUGACCCCAGGCCUCCCCCACGCGGCCUUCACCUACCCGGCGGCUGCUGCUGCCGCUGCAGCCCUCCACGCCCAGGUGAGGGAGCAACCGAUGCGCUGGUACCCUACCCCUUCUGAGACUUCCCAGCCUGGAUGGAAGUCCCGGCAGUUUUGUUAAAUAUUUAGCCUCUGGGAACCACACCUUUAUCCACCUGAAGUGAGGUUUGCCAUGCCCUUGUUAACUUAAACAAGUUUAUUUAAUGGACAGAUGUGCAUUGUUAUAAACAGUAUUUAUCUCCUUCCAGUUGUCUCUGGGGGGAGUUGGAGUUAAAACAAUCUUGCUGUCGACAAUCUGAACUUAACCUUGGCAACUACUGCGGUACCAUUAGCACUUCAGAUUAAAACUGAAUUCAUACAAACCCCAUGGAUCCUGCCUGCUGAGGAAAACUGAAGUCACUGUUUAAUAUUUCCAUGGGUUGCCGCUGCUCCUAGGAGGUUUAGAGGCGUUAAGUCAUUGCAUGUUAGUCUUUUUGGCAUGAAUAUAGAGCGCAGAUUUCUGUGUAUCCUAAUUUUCUUAGUGUUUGUGUUGCCAUUUGGCCUAGACAGCAAAAUGUUUUGUUUCUUCCUGUAGCUCCUUUGUCUUUAACCUCUGUGCAAGUUUGGCUGUUGUGUAAAUGGCUUAUCUUGCAUGGACCCUGUGAAUGCAUCCCUUCGUUUGAACAAUCCCAGGCCUCUUUAUCAGUGUAUGUCAUUAUUUGAGCAAAGGAGUGCAAAUGUUGUACUUUUUGCGUAAUGUAUAUUUAUGCAUUUUUGUGCAACUAAAUAAUGAACCUAUAUAAGUUGGAUGUUUAGUCGUCUCUUGUGUUUGGUGUUAAUUUUCGAUCCUGUAUCCUGUUAAAGUAGUUUUAAAGAAAAAGUGCAAUUUGUUUAAAGGGGACGUUGGAAUUCUAGCCAUUCUGCUAAAAAGAGAUUGUUUUACAGCAAUCUUUCAGAAUGUGAAACUGGACUACAAAUGUAUAGGGUUGCUUUUUUUGGUGGGAGGGUAGGGAUUUUGAAAUGGGUAGCAGGAUUAGACUGAAAGAAUUUAGUUUGUGGUUUAGAAAAUGUUUGUCCUUGUAUCUGCUGUGCAUAAGAUGUUAAACACCCAUCUUAUGAAUAAAAUAA